UUCCCAGCUAUUCUUUCGCAGAAACUGGAGGAACACGGAGUCCUUCCCGAAGAACUCACGUGCUUCUACAGGGAAAUCUACCGAAAUGAUUCUCUGAAUGUUCCAGACAGAGUGUAUCUGUUCGGGCCCAGAACAACACUGUCCUUCGACAAGGCACUGAAAGAGGAGUUUGUAUUCGUAGAAUGGUGUCACGAAGAAGUCCCCGGGGAGGCCUUUUCACAAACAGUUUCUUCUGAACCCGCUUAUCAAGAAGAACGUCGAGAAGCGCUGCGGACGGGCACGAAGAGCUACGCCCCAUAAUCUCAGCGUUCUAAUGCUUGGUUUAGGCUCGGUGUCGCACCUGAACUUUGACAGGCACCUUCCGGAGACCGCAAAAUUUGUGCGGGAGAAACUCGGCGCUUUUGAACUUCAUGGAUAUAACAAAGUGGGGGAGAACAGCUACCCGAACCAUAUGGGCUUCCUUACAGGUCUCAAAGACUUUGAAGCAGACAAAGCUGCUCAGGCCGGAUUCUACGACAACCUCAGUCCCUCGUUAAUCUGGCGGAAAUAUGCGGCACGGGUAUACAGGACCAUGUUUCUCGAGGAGUGGGCGCAGUAUUCUCUCUUCAGCAGCAUCCCCUGUAAAGGUUUUCGGCGCGCCCCGGUUGACUAUUACCUACGACACGUCAUCAUGCUAAUGGAGGACUUAACCGAGAACACUGACGAAGAACUGCGGGUAAGCUGCUUGGGACCCACAAUGCCAUCCGAAGUGCUGCUGGACUACCUUGCAAACUUCGUGAACGUAAUGGCUGAGCGACCUUUCUUCGCCUAUGCCUGGUUCAUCGAAAUGACGCACGAAUGGCUCAACAACGCGGCGUAUGCGGAUGAACCUGUGCGGCGACUGCUUGAUGAUGUGCACGCUUCCGGCGUGCUCAACCACACGGUUCUCGUGUUCCUCAGCGACCACGGAUUGCGGUCCGGCGGCGUGCGUACGACGUACAUCGGAAGGCUCGAAGACAUCCAGCCGUUCGCAUUCCUCGUCUUUCCGCCGUGGUUCCUUGACAAGAAUCCCGAGGCAGCUCGGAGUCUUCAUGUCAACCAGCGCCGCCUGACGACGCCCUUUGACCUGCACGCGACGCUCGCCGAGCUUCUCGACUAUCCCGUCCUCAAGCGACCGCGUACUGCGUACGGACUCAGCUUGUUUCACGAGAUACCGGGCGAGAGGACGUGCAGCGACGCGUCCAUCCAGCCUCAGUGGUGCGCGUGCAGUGUGCGGGACGCUGGUGCUGUAUCCGGUGCGCUGGCCAGGGCAUUGGCUGAUCGGCUUGUUGCGCAUGUAAACGGAGUGUUAGCGCGCGCAUCGCGUAACUGCGCCGUGUACCGACUCCUCCGAGUCAUGGACGUGACUUCGCUGCAGGCGACACCGGCUCAGCUUGAAAAGAACACGAGUGAUUACUUGGUCGCCGUCAAGCUGUCGCCGGGCAACGUUGUCUUUGAAGGCCUCGUGGGGGUUAACGGUGACUACCGCAUUGAGCUGAAGGAUGUCAACCGUUGUGACAAGUACAAGGUACAUUCCUACUGCGUGCACGCGCCCUGGCUUCGGAAAUAUUGUAACUGCCGCCGCACUCUCGAAUGGCAGGUUUGA